AGCCGACCGACUGAUCACUCUGCCAACAACCCAAAUUACAACUAGUAAAGAUGAUGAGAGCAUACGACCGUCUGCCGGAAGGAGAGGCAGAUCAUACCCGCAGUGGGGAAGAGGGCACCGUCCUCUUUGAGGCACGUCCCUUGUUGGACAAUGACGGGGCCAAUGUUGCAUUGGAAGCACCUUUGCAAAGUUCAGAAGCCGCCACGACGCCAAUACCGCCGCCUCCUUCACGGUCUGCCCUGGUGACUACAAGGAACGACGGGGUGUUUGCAAACCUUAGUGCAAAGCCAGAGGUGUCCGCGGCACCAGAAGGCAAGACCUACGAAGAGUUCGAACCACCGUCGUAUGCUGAGGUUGUCCAAGACCCAGCUCCAUCAUACUAUGAGACCACGGUGAUAACAAAUGGGAUUGGAGAAGAUGGUGAAGUGCUCAUUGAAGGCAUGCCUGUUGGAGACUUUUUCACAUACUUUGUCAACAUGUUGGUAUCCAUGAGCUUUGACUUCAUUGGAUUCCUUUUGACUGCGAUCCUGGCUACAUCUCACGCUGCACGAGCUGGUGCUCGUAGUGGUUUCGGCAUUACCCUUAUUCGUUACGCCUUUUACUUGCGAACACGGGACGCCCAGGAUGACUUAAAAUACUAUGAUCCCUAUGACCCUGACAAACAGCCAGAGGACGAUGAGAACGUCGUUGUUGAGAGUUAUUGGCUUUCGUACUUUUUAAUGUUUAUUGGCUUCUUCAUCCUAAUGCGCUCGAUUGGGGAUUACAUUCAAGCCCGAAGGUUGCAAACCGUGAUUUUGGCCUCGUCAGAAGCACCUCCCGUAUGACAUGGCUAUAGACACUUGUCCACCAUCCUGUAUCUUAUUGUAUUAUGUUUCUACGUAAAGAUUAUAUGGCCUCUUCCUGUUUGUAGUAAUGCAACCACUUGUUUUUGGAAUAUCAUAGUAUGCAUUUUGCGCAGCCGCUUACCAAAUGGCGUGUUCUUGGAUGCCGCGUCGCCUACGUGUUUCCUCAAAGUGUCCGUGGUAUAUGGACGUUUCCUGGGCGAUUGAGCACAACAGUGGCAAAUAUGGUUGACAUUCUAGCAGAUCUCAAGGCUGAAUUGGCUGAAUUUGACGAAUUUGUAGAUAGCUACACUACAAAAAUGAACGAGAUAUUAUCGGGGAGGGUCACGGAUGAAGAGAAAGCUUGGGCACAGAGAGAGUUGACACAGGAUAAUAAAAGUGAUGCGGCGACGUCACGUUCAGAUGCCAGUAAUCGAGCUCCUAUCCGACUGCCAAAACGAGACACCAGAGCACCGUUAGGGUCCCCCAAGCUCGAUUACUCAAAGUGGGACGCUAUUAACCCAGAUGCAGAAGAGGAACAGAGAAACAUUGCGCUAGCAGCGGAAAAGAAAGGAUCCACAAAACAGAAGCAUGAGCCAACGAAGCGAGUGACAGCUGCAGAAAAAAUACGUCAAUCAGCGAAUCAGCAUCGUGAAACUGGUAAUAAAUAUUUCAAGGAUCGUAAAUACCAUGAAGCGAUUGAAGAAUACACUUCAGCCAUCAACAUAUAUCUGAACCCGCCUCAAGAAAGCGAUCCACUGCUGCUAACACUGGACCGGCUGAUUCCGUCCAAGACUAUCGUUGACGCCACUCUGUUCACCAACCGUGCACUUGCAUAUCUCCGAUUAAAGGAGUUCAAGCAAGCUGUCGAAGAUUGUAGCGAAGCCCUCAAAGUUGAUGCGAGUUGUGCAAAAGCACUGUGGAGAAGGGCAGAAGGUCACCGUGGUCUUCGACAAUAUGAGGAAGCCAUCAAAGAUGUUCUUAAAGUCAAGCAGAUGGUCACAGACUAUGAGGAAGCUAAGAAGAAAAUCAAUCGAUGCAAAAAGACUGUAUGUAACCCUGGGGUUACCCUAGCCGAAGUUGACAGACUGCUAGAUGGUAUAGAGAGGGAGCAUUUAGAUAUGAAAGCUGAGGAAGCGCUGAAAGAAGAUUUAGAACAUGAUGGUUCCAACAUGAUCAUGGAAGGAUUACUGGACGGUUUCGUACGGGAGAUAAAAAAUGCUAUUGAAUUACCACCAUCGAACAAGUACAAUGACCGUAUAGUAUCUGCCUCGGACAUGCUCGUAAGGCUAUUGGACACCGAUACUAUCGUUUCUGACGCCUUUCGACUAUGUGGUGGUUUCCAUCGCCUCCUCAACCCGGACAUUCUCACUUCGUCAUCAGUCAACUUUAUUCUUCCCGUAAUAGCGCGAGCCACCUCUGGCGUCGAUGCCAACCGACGAGAACUUUGUCAAUACCUAAACCACAUGAUAACGACCAUGCUUGCCACCCAAAAACCUCCUCUCAAAACCAUCAGCGCCGCUGCCGAAAUACUUUCUUCUGGUGUAGCUGAGGACACCUUCGCGGAAGCCCUCUGCCACUCCAACGUGGUUGGAGAAACAUUUGGAAGAUUCGUGCUGGCAUUUUUAGGUGGAGAAACGGAUGGUGUCGCCACUAGCUCUACUAUUGUCGGGCAUAUGCUUAAACUGCUUGGGAGAAUAAUGCGAUAUACUCCGAAAGGCCCUGACAUCGUUAUGGUCAAAUGGCGGGUAUCGCCCGACAAGCUUUUAGCGACCUUACCCAUUCAUGUCAAAGAGUACAAACUGGCUAAUGACGAAACAACAGAGGCGCUGACAGUUCAUGCUUGUCGCUGUAUUGAUGCAAUCGCAGGCACCUCGAAUCCCAAAUUUACAGCGGCCCUCAAGCAGUACCACGAACCUCUCAUCGACUCCAUAUGGGAAACGAUACACCGGCUUUCACCUACCAACCCGACAUCUACGGCUUCCACUCUCGUCCUUCACCUCCUUGCCACAUAUCACAACCUUUUGCACAACACACCAGCACACCCAACGCUCCUCAGCACUCACAGCAUAAUUACGACCCUCGUACACCUUCUAACAACACACCCACGAGCUUCCAUCUCAUGUCUCGCAAAGCUUCUCCGCUUCCACUUGGAAGAAGUUACAGUGGCGCUGGACGGGUGGUGGGAUAUUGUUCCCAUGAUAAGCCUUAUUCGUGACCCUGCUGGAGAGGGUACAAGGACAGCAGCAGCCCAAGUUCUAGCAGCCUGGCUGAAAGGUGGAGAGCGGAGAGUGGCAGAGUGGGAGAAGCAAAAUGGCUUUGAAGCACUUGUGGAUGUUCUCCUUGAAUUGUCAGAAGGACAGGAACUUAAAGAAGAUGAAAAAACCGCAGGCAAUAUUGCGCUGUGUAUCGCCGAGUGUGCGACCAAAACUAACCACGCCAAGAAGUUGCAUAAACUUAACGCAACCGAACCCCUCGUGUACCUCCUCCGUAGCGCCAAGAUGCCUACAGUACAACGAAACCUUGCAAUAGCCUGUGCUCGACUAUGCCAAAAUUCCGACGCACUAGAUCGAGUAAGGGAAUUGAAGGGUGUGGAGCUUAUGUACAGCCUUGGAACCAAAAUAUUGUAGGCCGGCAUCCCUCUCAAUCACAAUAUAUGAAUGGCAGUCCGCCAAAGCACAAGGCAACAAAUAACGAUCUAAAUGGCCACAACGACCAGAAAAUAACAAUUACUCGGACCCAG